UGGGAAAUUUUUCUGGCAUCUGAAACAGAGGGAUUUUUGAAAAAUUUAUUGACGAUUUUUACGAUAAAGCACUUAAUAUCAGCGCUUCGUCAGCACAGCUGUGAACAUCGGAUACGAGUUCAGUCUAUGCAGCAUCUGGUAGAGAUGAACAAACAUGGAUCUGAAGCUGGAGGUUAUUUUGUCAUCAAGUAUCAAACGAAAGAAACCAUGGCCGCGAUUCUGCUGGCUUGGUCAGGAGAAGGAGUCUUUAUUUUUGUUAGAUGACAAACGGAUCAGUGAGAUCAACAUGGUGUCUGGUCGCACCAAGAAGAAGACACCUAAACUUCAUCAUUUGCUCAACAAUGUAGUGACAAUGACUUCAUCCCAAAAUGGAAUGUGGCUGUGUGGACUUCUGGUGUCAGGAGAUCUCUUUCUGUGGAACAAGGAUAAAGAUGUAUUGAAAACUGCAGCAACAGUCCCUGAAGUCACUCAGAUAAUUGCCACUGCUCAAGAGAAUUCCACAAAGUUGUCUCUUCAGGUUUCAUGUAAUGGGAUGCGUGUGCUCUUGGCAGCCAUAAGUGGCCAAGUGUUCCUGUGGGAGUGUACAGACGUGAGGGACUUUACAGGUCUGCGAGAUGGCCCCGUCAAGGGACGGUGGGCACAUAUACAGCCCCUUGAAGACAGUGUAUUACCUUCUUCACAAGAUAAAGAAGCAUCUCAACACACCAUCUUUGUCAAGACAGAGGUUAUGGGUGACGUUUGCUGGUCAGGCUUUGUUUUCACAUUGGAGAAGCAGCUCGUGAUCACUGUUCUUAAAAUUCAGUGGAAAGAAGGUCAUGUGAGGAUGGGUUCUGCUGGUUUCAACAUAGAGUGGGCUACGAAGACAUGCCUCAUGUCCCAGCUCACCCCACCUUGCAACCCGGUGAAGUCCAGAGGGGCCUUGGUACCAGCCUUCUCCCCAGAUGGUCGACUGUUAGCCGUUGUCUUGAACCAGAGAAAGCCUAAGGCUACACAGGUUCUGUUCAUGAGCACACAGAACAUGAUAACAAUAUCAAGUGGACUGGGCGGAUGCGGAAGUAAGAAAAUGGAUAUCCCUUCUAAAUAUAUAAGGUCCUACUGGGUGGGCAGUGUUAGCUGGUCACCUGGAGGCCUUUUCUUGGCCUGCGUGUUGAAAAGAGGCUCCCUUCUGAUGUUGGCUCGUCUCGGGGAACUUCUGACUCUCACCAGCUCUGGUUGCAAUGUUGACUUUGGCCCUGCUCAGUUCUUACCCCUGCACCCACUGGUCACUUACAGGCCACCAGUGUCUGCAGUGAAAGGCGAAGCUUCUCUGUCCAGCUCCAGCAUGUCUGUGCGCGACAUCCUGAGGCAGCGGUAUUCCGUCACCUGGCAUCCACGCCUGUUGUACCUCAUUGUGUCUGAUGGCUACAUGGCCACAGUAAUGAGGGUGCUGGGCAGACCUUCUCCUGCUCUGUUCCUGAAGUCUCUCCUUACAGAUGUUAGCAAAGAUCUGGAGAAGGCCAGCUGCAAACUAGAUAAAUCACAGGUUCACGUGAAGGCUUGGUUGGAGUCUGUAUCUUGCUUGAAUUUGGACAGCAGCCUCGAUGAGUUCAACCUCGCCGUUUCGUGUCGGCCCAAAACCUCAGACUCUGUCAUUUCAGUGGGCACAGAUACAUCCAGGUUGCCACUGUUCCUGCAGGAGCAACAGACUUUGGGUGGCACCAAGGAGCUUUUUGAAAGCAUGCAGGCCUUCUUUGAGGUAGAGUCUGAUUUAGAGGGACUUCCUGCUGGUUCUCAUAUGGAGGAAGGAGGUCGUUUAGAGUUUGCCUCCAUGUUUGAUACUCUCCAUGCCCUGGAAACCUGCAACGACUCGGCAUUUCUUGCUGGCCCAGUUUAUAACGACUUUACAGAACCUGAGAUGAAGAGCCCUCUUUGGCGCGAGUUAGGGAGGAUCCAGAGCAGGCUGCUAACAGCUUGGGCUGUUGGCAUGUCUCUGGGAAAUGCUGUUGAACACAGAGUCCCUCUGAUGAAGCACGCGCUCUGCUGUUGGGUUCGACUCGCUGCUUUGCUCCAUUUGCUGCCCGGCUCCAAGGUCCACGCAGGAGAAAAGGACCAGCCCACUUUUGCCUGCCUCUUGCAUCUCAUCAAAUCCCUUCUGUCUUUCCUUUCCUGGGAUAGCUCUUCCUCUGACGGGCUGAGCUGCUUGGGACUGUUGGUGGAGUUUAGUAGGAAAAUUGUACACCUUCUGCUGACCCCUCACCCUGACUCCCACCAGACUGGACAGUGUCUUGUAUCAUCUCAAAGUCUGUUCAGAAUCAUAAACGUCUUGCAGCUGGUCAGUAAUUCUCUUGACCAUGCUUACAGCCUACAGCAAAGAACUUACUUUUCUUCUGAGGAGGAAGUAACUCCUUCUCAGACACAGAUCUGGCGUUCAUAUGUAUACCAUGUACAUCUGCUACAAAAUGAGAACACAGACAAAACAGCUUCUACGCAUCAGGCUCUACCUUUUCCUCAUCGACCCUCUAGCAGAUUGUUGGGAGUAUGGCAGCUGGUCUAUCAUAUAACUCAGAAGUAUGCAGAAGAACUGCAAAGGUUCAAAGGCUGCGAUGGCUGGGACGAGGAAGAACAAAUGGUGUCUGUCAUCAUGUCCCAGAUCCAGGCAGCUCUGCAGUCUACAGGACAAAGCCUAGAGGAGGGCCCUUCUUUGCUGAGUUCCUCAGGUGAACGUCUUUUCCUGUGUGGUUUGUACCCGAAAAGUGCAGAUGCAUGGCGUUUGCAAAUCUGUGAAGAGGCUAGUAAAAGUGGUGAACGUUGUGUCUUUCUGGAGAAGAGACUUUGUCUGGCACUUCUUUAUAGUCUGCUAUCCCAGUACCAUUUAAAGGAUGCCCAAGAGUUUGGGGACCACAUGGCACAGCUCAUUCUGCUUCAGGCUGGAAAGCAGAUUGAUUGUCUGGCUUCCAUAACAGAUUCUCCUCCUUGCCCCUGGCUGCCAAUGAAUCUUCAUAGCGGUGCAGCCAGUGCAGUUGUUCAGACACUUGGGAGAUUCAUGGCCUCUUAUUUCUCCAACCAGCCGCUCUUUAUUCUGCCUGCUCAUAAUGUGGCCGUCCUGCCUCCGAUCCAUCUACCCCACUCCCCGAGUGUUGGCCGUUUGGUGCCACUGUGCCAAGAGGAUGUGGCUAAGGCAGUUCGACAACAGCAUCUAUCAGAAGUUUGGACAGUGGACUACGCUCUGGACUUGCUUCUGCUGGGGGGGCUGCUUCCUGAGGCUGUGUGGCUGGCUUAUCAUCUGGGGGACUGGAAGACAGCUGUCACUCUGAGUCUGGCCCAUAUAAGUUACUGCACUGAACGCUCUGACUUCACUCAGCUCAGGAGGAGAGAGCUCCAGUUGCCAUCAGUUUUACAACCAGAAAGCAUUUUUCAGGCUGAGCUGUGGGGGCUUCUUGGCAACAAAACGGACUCCCAAGAGUCUGCUGAUAAAGAUGAAGACAAGAGUUUAACAAUUUGUUCAGAUCCUUUGGAAGGAGAGGACUGGGACUUGCUAGGGGCUUCUGUGCAGGAGAUCCUGAAAGCUUCUGUCAUGGCAGAAGUGAAUGUUUUGUGCUCGCCUUUGUCUUCUUUCCUGGAAAAAGCCAAAAGAACGAGUUCUUCCCUGCCUGCCUUGGUGCCUAUUGGACUUUACCUACCGUCUCCGCCUCUUUACUGCCCUCAGCCUUCUCCCAACACUCAGGAUCACAUGGAGACUGUGGGGGAAUUUGCUGAAGUUUCGUGUCGACACAAAGUGUCCGCGGUCCUCCAAAGGUUACUCUUCCUUCUGAGAUCUGCUCGUUGUUGCCAUCCAGCAGCUCAGUGGUACAUCAGCCAUCUGCGCCGUGCCAGACAUAUCCUGCACAAGAUCAAGAAGAAGUAUUGCUAUCCAUCAGCUGAUCAGGAGGAAAAGGAUUUCCCAGAAGCACUGAUGAAGCUGAUCACCCGGGGAGGAUACUUUAGAUUAGGGCCUAAUAAAGAUGGUCGCCUGGACUCCGACAUCAUCCACACUAUUAUUUGUUUCAGGGAGCUGUGUGCUUUGUGCUGGAUGCUUCACAUCAGGGAUCAGCUCUCCCUCCACUGCAGGAGGUACCAAGCUGCCAGACAGCGUGGAGGAGAUGAAGAGCCCUCUAAUGAGUCGGAAGUGAAUUCCUCCGGUGUCGAUGCUCUCCUCUGGACUGUUCGUUUUCUGCCUUUCUCUCACUUCCUCAGUGCUGAGGAAGUCCUGCAGGACAUAUUGCUCAGCCUGUUGUCUGAACUACCUCCUGUGCCUUUGGUGGCAGACACCCUGGUGCGGGCCUUCCCACAGGAGGAGGAGUCUGUCAGAGUGUCUUUGAGAGAGAAAUACAACUUACUGCUGCAAAGACUGAGGCAGUGCAAUGUCAUUG